AAGAUAUUGCCAAAAGUUACAAAAGAACUAUAUUUUCAUCUAACACACUUUGUAAACACAUUAAAAUAAUCAUUUAACCUAUACAAAAAGCGAUAGUUUUAAGGCAUUUCAUAUUUUAUGUAAUUAAAUAUUACUUCCACGCUAUUAUGUUUAACGAUCAAAGUUUUUUAGAGGGUUUUUUUAGAGAGGACCCACGUUAUAACAUGUAUCGCACGAUGAAUCAACCUAUCUAUAACACAAAUUACAAUAUGAAUGUACAUCAAAAUUAUAUUUAUCCAAUCUGUAGUACUUCUGAUAAUGUUAGCAAUAAUACACCAAUAGUUACGGUAGAAACACGGCAGAUCGACGAAAAGAAUAUUCAAAGUUUUCUUCUAGAAGUUGAUCAGUCCAAUAACGCAAUUAUUCAGAAAAACGUAUGUAAAAGAUCUAAAAUUGCAGCUGCCAAAAAUGCCAUUGCAUCUGCACAUAAAUUAAACGAGAAACUGAAAACAAUUUGUGCAGAGCUGAAAGAUAAUAGAAAUUUUACAGACGAGGAAUGGCAACAGAAGAUGUGCAUCUGCAAUGCAGCAAAAAAUGAAAUUGUUACAUUAUUGAAUCCUAUUAAAGAUUCGAAGUUUUUAAAUCAGUUGAAAAAGGAUUUAGAAAGACGACGGAAAAAGAGAUUACGCGAAAAAAUUAAACGAGAGACAUGGAAAAAUGAAAAAUUAAUAAAGAUAAAACAAAGAGCUAGAAUACAUGCACAAAUUGAUUCGUGGAUUAGAAAGAAACAAGCUGUAAUAGAAAAAGAAAAACAGGAGGAAAAUUUACGUAAAGAUGCUGACAUGGUUCUGUCCGAUGUUAGAGGAAAGCGUAGCGAUGCAAGGAAAUAUCUUGGAUUGUUACAAGAAUUACGAAAUCUGCAUAAUAUUAAAGCCAAUAUUGCCAUAGCAAGGGGAGAACAUUUAUCUUCGGCGGCCGACGAAGCAUUUAAUAAUAUCAUAGCAAAGUUAACAGAACAAUGGUCUACUCUUGAUUCUGAGUAUUCUAUAGAAGAACAAGGUUUGAAAUUAAUGUUAAAGACUGAUAAUGAAAAGAGAAUCGAAAAACAAAAGAAAAGUCUGUUCGAUGAUUGGGAAAAUGUACUAUUUGGAAAAAAACUAUCAGUGUCUGAUCAAUACAAUACAGACUUGACUACUUUUAUUACUAUACGGUCUGCUUGGGAUAAGUAUAUAAGUUCAGAUAUCGAUGCAUCAGCUAUUCCAAUUGGAUGGGUAAUGCCUGAUAAACCAUCUUCAGCUGCCUGGCAAAAAUGUCUCAAAAAAGACGUUUCAUAAAACAUACUUCUACAUAAUUAUAAAUUCCAGUUUAUAAAUGCGUAAAAUUUGAUAUACACCCUAAUAAUUUAUAUUGUAUAAACAUAAAUAGUAUGUAAUGUAAUUUUAAA